AUGGUGAGUGGAAGUUCAAACAAAGUAGGUGAUGUUCAUGAAACCAGUAUUACGAUUGAGGGUGAUCAUGAUCAUUCAACAACGGAGGAGAUACAUAAAGUUUGUUUACCACCAAAUAAAACGACAUUCCAAUCUAUCAAACAUUACUUUUCUGAGAUAUUUUUCCCUGAUGAUCCUCUUCAUAAGUUUAAGAAUCAAAAACCUUCUAAGAAAUUUUUUCUAGGGCUUCAAUAUUUCUUUCCAAUACUUGAAUGGGGGUCUGAGUAUAGCUUCAAACUACUUAAAUCUGAUGUUAUUUCUGGUCUUACCAUUGCUAGUUUGGCUAUUCCUCAGGGAAUUAGUUAUGCAAAGUUGGCUAAUUUGCCUCCUAUUCAUGGACUGUGUAAGCAUACUUCCAAUUUUUUCUUUAUUUUUUGCUUUUUGUAG